ACGAGAGGCUAGAGAAGAUGAACAAGACGACAGCGGGUGCGUUGACGGUGAUUUACAAAACCUACAAGCACCUACUCUACGCGGUAAACCCGCGCAACAACCGCAGCGUGCUGUAUUGCUCGAUUCCCAAAGUUGCCAACACCAGUCUCAAGACUCUCCUGCUAAGCCUAAACGAGAGCCAUAGGGGCAAAUACACUGAUUCAACCAUGCAUUACUAUGUCUACUCAGCCAUGGGCCUUCCGUUCAUGUUGUACCGGAAGGAUCUCAACGUUAGCGAUCUGGCCAACGCAUUCAAGGUCAUGUUCGUCCGGCACCCUUUUGAGCGCCUCGUAUCCUUCUUCGAAGACAAGACGAGGCGUACAGUGCCAACGGGACAGUACUUCUAUUACAGGUACUGGAAUGACGCCAUGGUUCACUUCAGAGGGGCCGAGAACGUGGACAGGCGGAAAGACCUCAUCACGUUCGAAGAGUUUGUCGACCUUCUUCUGAGCAUCCAUCCGUCCAAGUACGACUUGCACUGGCAGUUGUACAGCGAUCGCUGCGAGCCGUGCCUCGUUCCUUACGAUUUCGUGGGCACCUUGGCAGACGUGCCGGUAAUGUACAGUGCGCUUGGAGUGACCAAUCGUUCUCAGUUGUGGGUGAACAAGGGACCCAGUGACACUAGGAAUGUGGCCCUAUCGUACUUUUCUCGACUGCCUAGGUCGAAAGUGGCGGCGCUGUACGCUAUCUACGCCGUGGACUUCAUGAUGUUUGGCUAUAGCGCGGACGAGUACCUCAAUGCGGCCAUCGGCACCACGUAUACAUUAUAGAGAGAUAAA